AUGUGUGACAGUCAAGAUUUAAGUAGAGAAUUAGACAUUGGAUUAGCGUUAAUAUACCCUAUAAGCAUAACUUAUAUAACUCCAACAAAAGAAUCAAAGAAUGAACUUACAAAUAAUAGUAAUAAUAAAAAUUCACCAAAUAGAUAUAUAGCAGAUAUAAUAGCAUUAAAACGUAAAGAAAUUGUUAGUGGUACUUCUGAUAUGCAAUGGACUGUUUCUACUUUAAGACGUGCUGUAAUUUAUAGCAAUAAAACCGAAAACAAAACACUCAAACACAUUAGUGACGAGAGGUGGUGGUGGUGGCACGUUAACAACUACUUCUAUAUUAACGUCAUUAUUUGUUUCUUCAACCCCUCCAGUAACAUAGGAACGAAUACUAUUUUUAAUGGUAAUGAUUUUUCAAGUAAUUUGGGUAUAAGAAGUAUUUCAGGACAUAUUAGACAAAAAUCAUUCGAAAGUUCAAUGGGAUUAAUUGCUGAAGAAAAUUCUGAUGGAUCACGUCGAACAAUUAUGACAAAAAGAAAUCAUAGUAGUGCAAGUAGAGAAGAAUCUGAUGCAGCUUUUACUACAAUACUUAACCACAUAUACUGCUAGUACUACAGUAUCAACUACUACUACUGUAAUAAGUCCCAUAGCAGAAGCAGCCGCUAAAGCUUCUUGGAAUAAACCUGAUAUUAAU